AUGACGCAGUUGCAUGACGUUGUGUCUGCCCUAUUAGGGAUUCAUCAUGAAGGUGACGAAACUGUUAUUCCUUUUUGGCAAGGAAUUUCGCAUUAUUCCUACAUUGAUUGGAGUUAUCAGAGCGAACAAGAAUCUUGCACUUAUGGUACGGUCUCAGGAUCGGGUUCAAUACAAGAGCAGAGCUUAGUUACUGGAAAGAAUGUGUUUCAUCGUAUAUUUUGGACGUUUAGACAGUGUUGUGAGGCGUUCAAAUUUGCCAAACUCGUCAUUCAAAUUGAUGGAACACAUUUAUAUGGGAAGUACAAAGGCAAAUUGUUGGUGGCCACAGCCCAAGAUGGUAAUGAUGAAUGUUUAUCGAUUGCUUUUGCCAUCGUUGAAGGCGAGACCUUGGAUGCAUGGAACUAUUUUCUUGUUAAUAUUUGUGCUCAUGUUACUGACAUGUCAAACAUAUGUUUGAUCUCCGAUCGGCAUCGUAGCAUAAUAUAUGCUGUGAAGAAUAACCCUAAUUGGCAGCCACCAAAUGCAUAUCACGUCUUUUGUAUUCGUCAUAUUGCAAGAAACUUCAAUCAAAAGUUUCGGAAUGAAGGUUUAAAGUGGAUGUUAAAGAAUUUAGGUUAUACUCCGACCAUCGUUGAUUUUGAAAGGAAUCUUGCGAGCUUCCGUGAAAGUAGUCCUCAAAUUGCUGAGUGGAUUGAUGCCAUUCCUAAGGAAAAGUGGUCGCGAGCCUACGAUAUUGAAGGGCGGAGGUACGGUCAUAUGACAACAAAUUUGGCUGAAUCUGUCAAUAAGGUUUUGAAGGGGGCCAGAAAUAUGCCUAUAACUGCAUUGGUUAAGCAUACAUAUAGCAGAUUGGUUGCAUAUUUUGUUGAGAGAGGAACAAAUGUCGUUGCACAACUUCAAUCAGCUCAUCGUCACUCCAAAAAUGUUGUUGAAUUGGUCAAGAAGAACCAAGUAGAUGCAACAGGCCACCACGUUCGUUGGAAGCGUUCAUAUUCUGUCAACCUCCCACAGAGAUUCUGCCAGUGUGGAAAGUUUAAGGCCUUUAAGUAUCCAUGUAGUCACGUCGUUGCUGCUGCAUUAAGUGUUAGGCAGAGUGCGUUCACGUACGUUGACGAUGUCUUCUUGACAACAAACUUGGUCGAGGCUUAUUCUUUUCCGUGGGAGCCAAUCGGAAAUGAGGAAGCAAUACCUGAAAUUAGUGGUCCAAAGAUUAUUCCUGAUGCCACUAUGUUGCGUGCAAAAGGUCGUCCAAAGUCAACUCGCAUCCGCAACGAGAUGGACGAAGUAGAGACAAGUCAAAGCCGUAUCAGGUGUGGACUUUGCAAGGAACGCAGCCAUAAUCGUCGGGGAUGUCCAGGUCGUGGGAGAAAAGACUGA